AAUUGACAUUUCCGUAAAAUAGGUUAGGUUUACACGUGUUUUGUCAAUUUCUGUUUGAUAAAAUAGUAAAUAUUUUGAGUACUUUUCUAAACGAGAAAAAUGGGAAAAGCAAAGAAAAUUAAAGUAUCAAAAGGAGAGAAAAAUGUGCCAAAAGUUGGUCUCGCUGAUCAGAUGGAAGACGAUAAAGCAGUAAAAAUGAAAAACAGAAAGAAAGUCAGAAUACGUAAUGAUGAGGAUGAAGAGGUUGUCGAUUCAUCUUUAACACAAAAAAUUCUUUCGCAAGCACGAAAACAACAAAUGGAAAUAGAGGAAGAAUUUCAUGGUAAAUCAUCAAAAGAAUCAAUAAAACGAAUAACAAAACUCGGUGAUGAUUUAAGCGAUUCAGACGAUGAGGAAUUGAGUGAUAACGAAGGUCACGCAUAUUAUGAAGACAUUGAAAUUAAUGAGGAUGAUGAGAAGGCCCUGCAAAUGUUUAUGGAUCGAGAUCGUGCACCGGCAAGAACAUUGGCCGAUAUUAUAAUGGAAAAACUGACUGAGAAAAAAACAGAAAUUGAUACACAAUUUUCUGACAUUGGCUCAAUGCAAAUACAAGAUAUAGAUCCACGUGUUGUGUCACUGUAUGAAGGUGUACGCGAUGUUCUCGCGAAUUACCGCUCUGGAAAAUUACCCAAGGCAUUUAAGGUUGUGCCAAAUUUACGUAAUUGGGAACAAAUUCUCUACGUUACAGAUCCAUCGAAAUGGUCCGCCGCUGCAAUGUAUCAGGCCACGAGAAUAUUCGCCUCAAAUAUGAAGGACAAUAUGGCACAAAAAUUCUACAAUUUAGUUCUAUUGCCACGUAUUCGUGAUGAUAUUGCCGAAUACAAGAGAUUAAAUUUUCAUUUAUAUCAAGCACUCAUGAAAGCUUUGUAUAAGCCCAGUGCAUUUAUGAAAGGAUUUUUGAUUCCUUUAUUAGAGUCAGGAAAUUGUACACUUCGAGAAGCUGUUCUUGUUGGCUCAGUUAUUACAAAAAGAUCAAUACCAAUCCUUCAUUCAGCUGCGGCUAUAUUGAAAAUUGCCGAAAUGGAUUAUACCGGUGCUAAUAGUAUCUUUUUGAGAAUAUUUUUUGACAAAAAAUAUGCUCUACCUUAUCGAGUUGUCGAUGGAGCUGUUUUUCAUUUUCUAAGAUUUAGAAACGAUCGACGUGUACUGCCAGUUUUGUGGCAUCAAGCAUUUCUAACGUUCGUUCAACGUUACAAAAGUGACAUUAGCUCGGAGCAAAAGGAAUCAUUACUUGAAUUAUUGAAACAUCAAUCACAUCCGGUAAUGAUCCAGGAAAUAAGAAGAGAAUUGCAACACGCGAAAUGUCGGGAUUCGGAAAUUACGGAACCAAUUCCGGAACCAAUGAUGGAUUGAUAUAAAAAUUUAGAUAAAACUAGAUAUAUUGCUUUAAUAUAAGAAAAUACUAAAAAACAAUAAAAGGAAUAUUUUAAAUGUUAAA